AUGAACUUGCCCGAUAGGCUUCGUUCACCUGCAUACGCCGAGGGGGUUAACACUUUCCUGACCCUAGCCAGAAACCACUCUCGAGGAAUUGAUCGUAUUCGGUGUCCAUGCCGUAAAUGCCGUAAUAUGUUCUUCUUGCCUAUAUUUGAAGUGGAGAGUCACUUGUACAUUAAAGGGAUCAAUCCAAAUUAUACCCAUUGGAUAUUUCAUGGGGAGGAGGAUACACGAAGUUUCAAUGCCGACGACGAAGAUAGUGAAAGAGAUGUAGCCGACGAGUACAUUGAUGACAUGGUCCAUAUGUUAGAUGACAUCCGAUCAGGCACAAUGCAUGAUGUGCCCCAAGAUCAUACAGAUCCAUUGCCAACUGGUGGAUCAAUACCAGAUGAUCCCUCCUCAAGUUCAUCUUUCGAUCAGCUACUAGAGGAUGCUCGACGUCCACUUCUUCCUGGCUGUACAAAGUUCUCAAAACUAUCAUUCAUUGUGAAGUUGUUACACAUUAAGACACUGGGUGGAUGGUCAAUAAAGUCGUUUGAUAUGCUACUUAACUUGUUGCGGGCUGCCUUUCCCGAUGCUGAACUUCCACAGUCAUAUGAGGAGUCAAGGUCAAUGGAGCGGAGUCUGGGUUUCAACUAUCACAAAAUUCAUGCAUGUCCCAAUGACUGCAUCCUGUUUUGGAAGGAAAAUGCUGAUCUUAAUGAAUGUCCUACCUGUGAUAUGAGAUGGCAUAAAGAACAACGGCUGCCUGAUCAGGAUAUGAUGAGACAUCCUGCAGACUCAGAGUCCUGGAAGAGAUUUGAUGAAGAACAUAGUUGGUUCGCUCAGGAUGCUCGCAAUGUAAGGCUUGGGAUGGCAAGUGAUGGUUUCAAUCCCUUCAACAAUAUGGCUAAACCGUAUAGCAUUUGGCCAGUAAUCCUAGUCCCGUAUAACUUGCCGCCCUGGUUGUGCAUGAAAGAUCAGUUCUUCAUGACAUCCCUCAUUAUUCCUGGGUCAAAAUCUCCAGGUAAUGACAUCGAUGUUUACUUGCAACCGUUGCUAGAUGAAUUGAUUGAAUUUUGGGAACAUGGGGUACCUACGUUUGAUGCCUCCACAAAGGAAACCUUUGUAUUGCAUGCUGCUUUAAUGUGGACAAUUAAUGACUUCCCUACGUACGGGAAUCUUUCUGGCUAG